CUUCCCCCUUUCUUCCCCCUUUUCUCCCCUCCCUUUCUUUUGCUGGGUUCAACACUUGCAGUUUAUUAGGUUACAACCAUGAAAUCGUCAGACACAGAUGCCACAACAUACAGUUUGGACCGAGGAGAGCUGGUCAUCUCCAAAAAUGGCCAAGAAACUGUAAAUACAGCUCUCAAAGCUGAUUUGGUUGUAUUGAACAUCGCAAUUUCUGGGAAAUGGUUGGAGGUUGUUCUUCGAGAAAAUGUUCCCCGUGUUUUCCCAAAAGUGUUGUGGUGGAUUCAUGAAAUGUGUGGCCAUUACUUCAAAUUAGAUUAUAUUAAGCACCUCCCACUUUUUGCAGGUUCUAUGAUAGAUCUCCAUUAUCAUAGAUCUCAUCAACACUGUAAGUAUUUCGAUUUUCAUUUGAUUUCGAGGAGAGAUUCAAUUGAAUGAGCAAUGCUUGCUGUGAUUGAGUGAUUCUAAUGGAAUGUGAAUGUCUGAUCUUGCUGUGAAUAUGGAAAAUGCAGUGAAUGCAGGGGAUAUGGAAAAUGCAGAAAGUGCAGUGAAUAUGGAAAAUGCAGAAAGUAAUUGUUCAUUUUUUUAUUAUUAAUAUAUUUUUUGUCGGUUUUAUCCGACAAGAAUGUUUUUAUUUAUUCUUAUUAAUAUAUUUUCUGUCGGUUAAAUCCGACACAAG